UAUACAAUGACAACUAUGUCUCUAGAAGCACGUGAGAAACUUUCUAAGGUGAGGCCACAAACCAUUGGUCAAGCAAGUAGAGUGGGAGGAGUAAGCCCUGCUGACAUUACUGCUCUCCUUAUAAUCCUUGAAUCCAACCGAAGGAAAGCCCAUGAGCAGAGGAGGCACCAAAUGCUAGCUUCUGUCAUGGCUGAUACAAUUCAGGCCACUGAAGUCCCUUUGACAGAGACCAUCAGCUCAUGAGAUGUUCUCUUUGAUGCAGGCAGUUUAAAAAUCCUCUUAUCUAUUUUACUGAUUCAGGAACAGAAGAAUGACUGUUGUCAUCAAAAUGUACAAAGAAACAAUGUGAAAGAGACCAGCCAUAUGAAAGCGUA